AUGCUAAGAAGGAACACUCAGAUUGGUAGAAGGAGAAGACUGACCUCUAAUGGAAAAUCUACUAGCGACAUUUCGAAGGAUUCCGCUAAUGGCGUGGGAGCGAAUGCAGCUUCAUCCUCUGCAGUCACAGUGGCGGGAUCAAAUGCUACUGAUGGCAGUCAAGCUUCCACUGGCGGACCGGGUGCGGGAGGAUCAGGAGAUACAGACUCAGAUACUACCUACAUGGCAUUUACAAUCAUCUUUAAUAAGUUGAAAAGUCCUAUCGCCCAGGAGCGAAAUGCCGCCUCAUUUGAACUUAAAAACAGCCUGAUAUCACUCGCUCGAGAAGUAUCAACGGAGCAAUUCCAACGAUUCAGUAACGAUAUUAACAACAAAAUCUUCGAACUCAUUCACGGCGCUUCUUCGAACGAGAAAUUAGGUGGUGUCCUAGCAGUCGACACUAUUAUAGACUUUUAUGCUCAUUCUGACGAAUUGCCCAAUCAAACGUCUAGAUUGGCCAACUACUUGAGGGUACUGGUACCUUCAAGUGAUGUGGAGGUUAUGAGAGCUGCCACCCGUACACUGGGAAAGCUAGCGGUUCCCGGAGGGACUUUAACAUCCGACUUUGUCGAAUUUGAGGUCAAGACAUGUAUUGAAUGGCUUACAACUUCACCUGAAAACUCAUCUUCGAAUUCCAAACAAGAAUACCGCAAGCAUGCCUCUUUGCUAAUUAUCACCGCUAUAGCUAACAAUUCCCCUUACCUCCUGUAUCCUUAUAUCAACUCACUACUUGAUAAUAUUUGGAGAGCCCUUCGCGAUAAUAAAUUAGUGAUUAGGGUUGACGCUGCAGAAACUUUGGAGAAAUGCUUGGCAAUAAUUCAGGACAGAGAUUCAAAACUCACAAAAAAGUGGUUUCAAAGAUUAUUUAAAGGCUGCGCGUAUGGAUUGCAACUGAACACUAACGAGUCUAUACAUGCCACUCUUCUGGUAUAUCGUGAGCUGCUAUCUCUAAAAGGCACUCAUCUUGAGGAGCAUUUUGAUGAAAUCUACGAAACAACCAUGAGGUACAGAGAUCACAAAUAUAAUGUGAUCAGAAAAGAAAUAUAUGCAAUUUUACCUUUACUAGCCUCAGCCGAUCCCCAAUUGUUUAAUGAAAAAUACUUGGACCAAACCAUGAUCCAUUACUUGACUUUAUUGAAAAAUAUGCAUGCGACUCCCACAAACAACUCUGAUAAAGCCGCAAUCCUGGUUUCCAUCGGAGAUAUUGCAUUCCAAGUUGGAUCAAAUGUUGCUCCCUACAUGGAUUCCAUAUUAGAUAAUAUAAGGGAUGGGCUUCUCACGAAAUUUAAAUCCCGUAAGGGUUUUGAACGUGAAAUAUUCUACUGUAUCGCCAAGCUUGCAUGUGCUGUAGGCCCUGCUCUCUCUAAGAACCUCAACGAGGAUCUCCUAGAUUUGAUGCUGGCUUGUCCCCUUUCUGAUUAUAUGCAGGAGACAUUGACCACACUCAUCGAUAAAAUUCCUUCCUUAGGACCGGUAAUAAACGAAAAACUUCUAGAUAUGCUAUGUUUAUCGUUAUCCGGGGAUAAAUUCAGACCACCAGGCUCGCCAAUAUCUCUUAAACCUCUUUCGGUGGAAAAGGCAAGGCAUUAUAGGGAUCAGCAAGUUUUAAGGAAAACUGGCGAUUUCAACGAUGAUAAUCUUGAUGCUCAAAUGCUAACUCAAGCACUCAAGAUGCUUCACUCACUGAACUACAGAUAUUCACUUGCCGAAUUUGUAAGGCUAAUCACUAUUACUUAUAUCGAACAUGAAAACCCACAAGUUCGGAAAUUGGCAGCGUUGACAUCGUGCGACCUAUUUGUCAAGGACAAUAUCUGUAAACAGACAUCGCUGCAUGCACUCAAUGCUGUUUCAGAGGUAUUGAGCAAACUUCUAACCAUUGCAAUUACGGAUCCUGUAGUUGAGAUUAGGUUUGAAGUACUGAGACAUUUGGACACUAAUUUUGAUCCUCAAUUAUCGCAGCCAGAUAAUGUUAGGCUAGUAUUUAUGGCAUUAAACGAUGAGGUUUUUGCUAUACAGAUGGAAUCCAUGAAAAUUAUUGGACGACUUUCAGCCAUUAACCCAGCAUACAUCAUUCCCUCUUUAAGGAAAACUCUUCUCCAGCUUCUUACUCAAUUGAGCUACUCGAAUCGUUCCAGGAAAAAGGAGGAAAGUGCUUCACUGAUUUGUACUCUUAUAAGCUCCAGUAAAGACGUCACAAAGCCUUACAUUGAGCCUAUAUUAGAUGUUCUUUUACCCAAAUCUCAGGACAGCUCCUCUGCGGUGGCCUCGACAGCACUGAAAGCAAUCGGUGAGCUUUCUGUAGUGGGUGGCGAAGUCAUGAAUCAGUUUCUCGAUCAACUGAUGCCAUUGAUCAUAGACACGUUUCAGGAUCAAUCAAACUCGUUCAAAAGAGAUGCAGCGUUGAAGACACUAGGCCAACUAUCUGCAUCUGCUGGUUAUGUGAUUGAUCCACUAUUAGAUUAUCCGCAACUACUCUCUGUCUUGAUCAACAUUCUCAAAUCAGAGAGCUCUCAAAACAUUAGGAGAGAGACCGUUCGAUUGAUUGGUAUUCUCGGUGCUUUAGAUCCUUACAAGCAUAGAGAGGUUGAGAGAACUUCAAGCGCACGAAUCCCUUCAGAACAGAAUGCACCUCCAAUUGAUGUCGCUCUAUUGAUGCAGGGCAUGUCUCCAUCGAACGAAGAGUACUACCCUACUGUUGUUAUUGCAACUUUGAUGAAAAUUCUCAAAGAUCCUUCACUUUCGUCACAUCAUACCUCAGUUAUACAGGCGGUAAUGCACAUUUUUCAGACGUUAGGUCUGCGCUGUGUCUCGUUCCUCAAGCAAAUUAUUCCUAACAUCCUUAAUGUUAUGAGAACAUGCCCACCUUCUCUGCUGGAGUUUUACUUCCAACAGCUAGGAGUUCUGGUUUCUAUUGUCAAGCAACAUAUUCGUCCUUUUGUGACCGACAUUUUCGAGGUGAUAAAAGAAUUCUUUCCCAUAGUCAAGUUGCAAAUAACUGUGAUUUCAGUUAUAGAAUCAAUUUCAAAAUCUUUAGAAGGCGAAUUCAAAGUGUUCUUGCCCUCUACUCUAAUGCUCUUUUUUGAUGUUUUAGAAAAAGACAACUCCAAUAAAAAGAUCGUUUCCGUGAGAAUUUUGAAAUCUUUGGUUGUGUUUGACUCAAACCUAGAAGAGUUUGCACAUCUGAUCGUGCCCACAAUCGUGCGAAUGGCGGAAUACGGUUCUGGAACGUUGAAUAAAGUCGCUAUAGUGACCUUAGGCAGACUUGCGAAGAACAUUAAUCUAUCGGAAAUGUCUACGAGAAUUGUUCAAGCCUUGAUCAGAGUUCUGAAUACCGGUAGUGCAGAUCUGGUAAGGGCAACUAUGAAUACUCUAAGUUUAUUACUAUUACAGCUGGGCACCGACUUUACGGUCUUUAUUCCAAUUAUCAACAAAGCCCUGGUUAAAAAUCAUAUUCAGCAUACUGUUUACGACCAAUUGGUGAACAAAAUUUUGAACAAUGAGACUCUCCCAACCAACAUUAUAGUGGACAAAGAUUUUGAUGCGCCUAGCAAAGAACUAGCCGAAGCGGAACUACCUUCAAGAAAGUUACCUGUCAACCAGUUGGUACUGAAGAAUGCCUGGGAAUGUUCUCAGCAACGGACAAAGGAGGAUUGGCGAGAGUGGAUUAGAAGACUCUCAAUUCAGUUACUGAAAGAGUCACCUUCGCAUGCCCUUAGAGCUUGUUCUGGUCUCGCGGGAAUUUACUACCCUUUAGCCAGGGAGUUGUUUAACGCUUCCUUUUCGAGUUGUUGGACUGAAUUAUACACACAGUAUCAAGAAGAUCUAGUGCAGUCUCUUUGUCUGGCUUUGUCUUCUCCUAACAAUCCUCCAGAGAUACAUCAAACGUUGUUAAACCUAGUUGAAUUCAUGGAACAUGAUGACAAACCUUUACCUAUUCCUGUUCUAACGUUGGGUGAAUAUGCACAGAAAUGUCAUGCGUAUGCUAAAUCUCUGCAUUACAAGGAACUAGCAUUCAUACAAGAGCCAAGUACAUCUACUAUUGAAUCGUUGAUUAGUAUCAACAAUCAGCUCCACCAAACAGACGCAGCUAUUGGAAUUUUAAAACAUGCCCAACAACAACAUGAUCUACAGCUGAAAGAAACUUGGUACGAGAAGUUACAAAGAUGGGAAGAUGCAUUAAAUGCUUACAACUUGCGCGCGGCAGCUGGUGAAGAUUCCACUGAAGUGACAAUGGGUAAAAUGAGGUCUUUGCAUGCACUAGGUGAAUGGGACCAAUUAUCAGAGCUCGCAGCAGAGAAAUGGAGUGCUUCAAAAACAGACAUUAAAAGAGCAAUAGCUCCCCUUGCUGCUGGUGCUGCACUGGGCCUUGGGCAAUGGGAUAGGAUCCAACAGUAUAUUGAAGUAAUGAAGGACCAAUCUCCCGAUAAGGCGUUCUUUGAUGCAAUAUUAUGCCUGCAUAGAAACAAUUUUUCGGCAGCCGAAGACCAUAUAUUUGAGGCAAGAGACUUGUUGGUCACAGAGAUUUCGGCUUUGAUCAACGAAAGUUAUAACAGAGCAUAUGGUGUAGUUGUUCGUUCUCAAAUGAUCUCCGAAUUAGAAGAGAUAAUACAGUACAAGAAGCUUCCGCAUGCAUCCGAAAAACGCGCUAUGAUGAGAAAGACGUGGAACAAAAGGUUACUUGGCUGUCAGAAGAAUGUUGAUGUUUGGCAAAGAAUUUUGAGGGUUCGGUCUUUAGUAGUGAAACCAAAACAAGAUAUGCAGGUGUGGAUUAAGUUUGCCAACCUUUGUCGCAAAUCUGGCAGAAUGGGCUUGGCCCAAAAGGCUUUAAAUUCUCUUCUAGAAGAGGGAGGUGAUCCUGAUCAUCCCAACACCGCCAGAGCCCCCCCACCAGUGGUAUAUGCUCAGUUGAAAUAUAUGUGGGCUACCGGAUCACAGAAAGAAGCCCUGAGACAUUUGAUUAGCUUCACAUCUAGAGUGGCUCAUGAUUUAGGGCUAGAUCCGAGCAACAUGAUUGCACAAAGCGUUCCACAAAGUACCACAAUUCCAGCUCAUCAUAUCGAGGAUUAUACCAAACUGCUUGCACGUUGUUUUCUUAAGCAAGGUGAAUGGCGUGUGCAUUUGAAAGAUAAUUGGAGGAUGGAAAACCCAGAUGCAAUCCUGGGCUCUUACUUAUUAGCGACCCACUUUGAUAACACAUGGUAUAAGGCUUGGCACAAUUGGGCUUUGGCUAACUUCGACGUCAUAUCCUUGAUUACAGCUCAGGCAAAGGAGGAGAAGAAUCCACUAGCAAACGGGGCAGCCGAAGUUGAUGGUAAUGAAAACUCAGGAAAGGUUGACCCUCAGCGAAUUCAAAACUCGGUUCUCGUCGGUGUUGAUUCUGCCAGCAUUGAUAAUACCCAAUACCCACCAGAGGUCAUCCAGAGACAUGUAGUCCCUGCCAUCAAGGGAUUUUUCCAUUCAAUUUCUCUAUCUGAGUCAAAUUCGCUGCAGGACACUUUGAGACUUUUGACUUUGUGGUUCACGUUUGGUGGUAUACCUGAGGCAGCACAAGCCAUGCACGAAGGCUUCAAUCUUAUCAAAAUCGACACUUGGCUGGAUGUGGUUCCGCAGUUGAUUACUCGAAUUCAUCAACCCAACCAAACUGUUAGUAGAUCCCUACUUUCUCUUCUAUCAGAUUUAGGAAAGGCACACCCACAAGCCUUGGUCUAUCCCUUGACCGUCGCUAUUAAAUCUGAGUCUGUUUCUCGUCAGAAAGCAGCCCUAUCAAUUAUUGACAAAAUGAGAAUCCAUAGCUCAAUUUUAGUUGAUCAGGCUGAGUUAGUUAGUCAUGAGUUAAUCCGGGUUGCUGUUUUAUGGCAUGAGCUUUGGUAUGAAGGGUUGGAGGAUGCUAGUCGACAAUUUUUUGGUGAACACAAUACUGAGAAGAUGCUUGCUACGUUAGAGCCUUUGCAUGAAAUGCUCAAGCGUGGCCCGGAGACCUUGAGAGAGAUUUCUUUCCAAAAUUCCUUCGGUAGAGACUUAAAUGAUGCAUAUGAAUGGGUAUUGAACUUUAAACGCAGCAAGGAUAUAACAAAUCUGAAUCAAGCAUGGGACAUUUAUUACAAUGUAUUCCGUCGUAUUAGUAGGCAGCUUCCUCAAUUACAGACACUUGAACUUCAACACGUUUCACCCAAGUUAUUGGCUGCUCAUGAUCUGAAUCUUGCCGUUCCAGGUACUUACAAAGCAGGAAAGCCAAUCAUCAAAAUUGCGUACUUUGAACCAGUUUUCUAUGUCAUAUCUUCCAAACAAAGACCCCGUCGUUUAUCAAUUAGAUGUAAUGAUGGAAAGGAUUAUCAAUAUCUUCUCAAAGGUCACGAAGAUAUUAGGCAAGAUAAUCUGGUCAUGCAACUGUUUGGCCUGGUCAAUACCCUAUUGCAAAAUGAUCCGGAAUGCUUCCAAAGACAUUUAGAUAUUAGAAAAUAUCCCACCAUUCCCCUAUCCCCUAAGUCGGGCUUAUUGGGAUGGGUUUACAACAGUGAUACAUUCCAUGUGUUAAUUAGAGAACAUCGAGAGGCACGCAAAAUACCAUUAAACAUCGAGCAUAGAAUAAUGCUACAGAUGGCACCCGAUUAUGAUAACUUAACCUUAUUACAGAAAGUCGAGGUUUUCACGUAUGCAUUGGAUAACACACGAGGACAAGAUUUGUAUAAAGUUUUGUGGUUGAAAAGUAGAUCGUCAGAGUCAUGGCUUGAACGCCGUACAACUUAUACAAGAUCAUUAGCGGUUAUGUCAAUGGUAGGAUAUAUCCUCGGUCUGGGUGAUCGUCAUCCAAGCAACCUGAUGUUAGACCGCAACACUGGGAAAGUGGUACACAUCGACUUUGGUGAUUGCUUCGAGGCUGCGAUUUUAAGAGAGAAAUACCCAGAGAAAGUUCCCUUCAGGUUAACAAGAAUGCUAACGUACGCAAUGGAAGUGAGCGGAAUAGAGGGUAGUUUCCGCAUUACUUGUGAAAACGUCUUGAGAGUUUUAAGAGAUAAUAAAGAGUCGCUGAUGGCGAUUUUGGAAGCGUUCGCUAAUGAUCCAUUAAUAAAUUGGGGGUUCGAUUUGCCUACUCAAGCGAUUGCUGAACAGACCGGCAUUGAAUUGCCCCUCACAAAUCCAAGCGAGCUAUUAAGAAGAGGUGCAAUCACGGUUGAAGAAGCUGCUAAACUAGAAAUUCAACAAAAAACCGAGAUUCGUAAUGCAAGAGCUACCAUGGUUCUAAAGAGGAUUACAGAUAAACUUACUGGUAAUGAUUUCCGGAGAUUUAGCCAUCUCGAUGUUCCUGAACAAGUAGGAAAGUUGAUUCAACAGGCUACAUCUGUAGAGAAUUUAUGCCAGCAUUACAUUGGAUGGUGCUCCUUCUGGUAG